AUGUUUUCCAAGUAUCUGAUUCUGGUUGUAGAAACUGUCUUACAGGAUUCUGUGGAAAACAGUCAGCACCUUGUGUUCGUGGGCUCUGGAGCGGAGGUGCCAAGAAACCUCUCUUUGAGCAAGGACCUAGUGGGUGGCUUUGCGGAUUUUGAAGAGUUUGUGGAGCUGAUAAGCCCAAAGCUGAGGGAGGAGACAGCUCACACGUUGGGUGUACGAGAGCUCCGCAUCGCCUUCCGAGAGUUUGAAAAGGACAGGGAUGGACGGAUCACAGUGGCAGAGUUGCGGCAGGCAGCACCAGCUCUGCUGGGGGAGCCACUAGAGGGCACUGAGCUGGAUGAGAUGUUGUGGCAGAUGGACCUCAAUGGGGAUGGCACCAUAGACUUCCAUGAAUUUGUAAUGAUGCUAUCUACUGGCUGA